AUGUUUAGGCGUGGAUCACGCGCCAAAAACGCUGCUGCUGCCGCCGCUGCGGCUGCGGCGGCGGCCGGGGCGAGUCCCGGAACGGCCCCUACUGCUGGCCCCGUGCGCAGUGCCAGCAUCUCCCAGGGCCAUGGAUCAGAGGUCGGCAGUCCCCGCCAAGGCGCUGGUGCCAUGGCACAGGGGCCGGCAGCCGAUGAACCUAGCCGCAGCCGCUCCGUGAGCGUCAGUACAGCCGCCAGCGCUGGCUUGCCGUUCAAGGCCAAAUUCUUCGGCAACCUCAAAAUCUCCAGUCAAUUCAACGAUUCUUCCCUGAACGAGGCCAUGCUUGAGUGUCGCUCCAUGGCCAAGGAACCCCUCAAAGUGUGGAUUGACGUCCGCGACGCCGACGUUCGCAUCGUCCACCGCAAAGACGACAUGAUCAUCGGUACCCCCCUCGCCCUCCCUUACAUUGCCGAGGUCAAGGUCACCACUGCCGACAAGAAGUUCUUUGUCAUUGUCUAUCGGCAAAACGAAACUCACCUCUGCUACACCUUCAGUGUCAAGGAGAAGGCCCGUGUCAUUUGCGAAGCCAUCCUCAACAAGCAGGGCCUCAACAAAGCCGCCGCUGACUCCGCUCCCGAACUCAAGUCCGCUUCCGACUUUGACCGCCCCGCCAGAUCCAGCUUCUCAGCCGGCAGCAGCAUCCGCCGUGGCCCUUUACCUGGCCGUCAAUCCAGUAUCCGCCAACUCGGUGGUCGUACCAUCUCGGGUGACCUCAGUGGCCGCCGCCUCAACAUUGACGUGGCCUCGGAAUCCUCCACCGAUCACGCCAACGACGUUCCCUUGGCCGGCCGCACCGCCUCCCCUUCCACGCCCACGACCCCCAGCUCCCCGGCGCCCGGCACCCCCACAACCCCGCGCACACCCUCCGCCCCCGAAUUCAGCCGGUCUCGCUCCGGCUCCAUGUCCUCCCAUCACCCCACCGAGAGCCCGCUGGCGCGCCACACCUCCGCUCAACAAUCCAUGCGUGCCGGGCCUCCGAGCCGCAACCGCGCCCUUGCCUCCCAAUUACGCCACGGCUACAAGGUGCAGGGUUAUUACCUCGGCCAUGAACUGGUCAAUGCCCUUCGAGGCAAACACGUGUGCCAAGACGCCAUGAUGCGCAACUCCACACGCUGGCGCGAGCUUCAACGCAGGCGCCCCAACGAAAAACCUCGUGGCAUCGUCCUCACCAUCACCGAAAGCCUCGUUCACGCCGAGGACAUGCAAGCCGGCACCCCACUCUUUAGCCAUUUCCUCAAAACAGUCUCUUUCACCUGUGUCGCCCUCCAAAGCCCCGACCGCGGCGACGUGUUCGCUUAUAUCCGCAACGACGACAAAAUCGGCCACGUCCAAUGCCACCUCUUCCAGCUGCGUUUUGGUGACGGUGACAAACUCACCGCUGCCGUGAGCGAGGCCUUUCAGAUCCUCAGUGAACAAAGCAAGGCCCUCGGUGACGAUCCGUUUCGUGUCACCGACCAACGCCGGGAACCCGUUCGUGGUGAGCUCUUUUACAAACAAAUUCACCGGCGCGACCUCAAGGCCAUCAAGCAAAUUGGCGCCGGCCAGUUUGGCGAUGUUUGGCUGGCCAAACAAAAGGUCGCCCCCGGACAGGGUGAGGGUGGUAGUGAUAGCAUCACACGAGCUGUCAAACUGCUUCGAGGCGCUGCAAGUGCUGCCGACAAAGAGGAAUUCUUGCAUGAGGCUGAAGUCAUGCUCGAGCUGCGCCAUGAUCACCUCAUCCGCAUCAUUGGCGUAGCUCUCCAGCAGAAGCCCUGGCUCUGUGUCUUGGAGUACAUGCAGUAUGGUGACCUGCGCUCAGUCCUCAUGGCCUGCAAGGAAAAGGGACUUCAACUGCACCUUCACGAGAUGAUUGUCUGGUGCACGCAACUGGCCAAGGGCAUGGCCUUUAUGGCCGAAUCGCGAAUGGUCCACAUGGACCUGGCUGCUCGUAACUGCAUGUUGGCAUCCAACAAUGUGGUCAAGGUGGGCGACUUUGGCCUCACGCAGCGACUGGAUGAAGGCCACGAUUACUUUUUACUUCGAACUCGCCUCAAGCUAGCCCUGAAGUGGUGUUCACCCGAAGGUCUUGAUGAAAAGAUCUUUUCCGAGGCAUCGGAUGUCUGGAGUUUCGGCGUACUCAUGUGGGAAAUUAUGAUGUAUGGCGAGGCUCCCUAUGAGGAGAUUGAGCUCCGCGACGUGCAGCGUUAUGUUCGCGAAGGUGGCCGGCUGACACAACCGCCCGACUGUCCUGACAAGACAUUUGCGGUCAUGAAAAAAUGCUGGAAUUCGGACCGUCGCACUCGCUGGACCUUUUCAGCCCUGCAGCGCAUGCUGGACGGCGAGCUUCGUUUCCUCAAGCCCCCGCCACCUCGUGAUAUCGGUGCUGUUUUGCACAAUUCGCUCAAGAAGAUGAUCAUCUGCACCUGGGGUUUGCCUGGUUUUGCUAUUCUCCGCACAAACACCAUCGCACAUCUGAGCUUUUGCAAUGGCGCUGUCCGGGGCGCCAAGCUCAGCCUGGAUGACUUUGAGGCCGGGCAAGAGUCGACGGAUGAUACGCCCGUUGCACCAAUGCAACAUCGGUCCGUGUCCAUACGCCAGACAGACACAAUGGAAUCACGACGCCGCAGUCGCACAUUCUCUGGCUUGGACGAAAGCCAAGCCCGCGGCGUGGCACCGGCAGGCCUGAGCGACGCCGUACAAGCAGCGCGCAACAGCUUUCGAAAGGCCAGCUUUUCUGCCACGGCCGAGAGCCUAAAGGUCAACUCGGUUUCGCGUGAGAAUCCGCUGCAAAAGCUGCAACAGAGUGCAGAUGCAGAAAUGCACAGCAGGAGGACAAACGGCAUUGACGAUGAUGAAGAAGAAUUCGAUCAACCUGAUUCACACAAGUCUGCUGCCACACCGGCGGACAUGUCGGUCCUGGCCGCGGCCCUGAUCGAUGAUGAAGAGGACGCCUUUGCGGGCUUUGGCCAUGAGGAUGGCCAGGGUGCGAACAUGAAGGCAGUGCAAAAGUUGGGCCACACACCCCCCAUGCACCGACGUCUUCCUGACCCACACUCACCACGAGGAGCGCGGCGCCCUUUGGCUCCCAAAUCCCCAGCCCCCGAAGCCUUUCGCACUCCUCCUGCGUCAGCAUCCGAGCCGGGGCUAUCAGAACACACCCAUCGCCACCUCCCUAAUCAUCCUCAGACGGCUUCGGCAACGCGGUCCCCUGCUGCGUCCUCGCCGGCCCGGCCAUCAAUCACCACUAAGCCCGGGCAUCAAGCGGCGCCCAUGAGCACCACGGCAUCUGCGGAUUCCCUUGAGCAUGACAAGCGCAUGCUCACGCUUAAUCGCCGCAAGAAAAAGGAGCAGGAUUUGGCUCAGCAGGCCGAGAAACUGACGUUGUCAGCUAAGGCGACCAAGUCCUUGUCCUUGACCAAGGGUAUGGGUCAAAUGCUACAAGAACAAACGGCAGCGCAGGACCCCUUGAGCAAGCACAGCCGAAUCUACGAGGCACUCAACCCCAAGCCACUUUGGCGACAGACGGUGACAGAAAAGCGGCAAGCAGACGAGGAGCGUGUGGAGCUGGGCGCUGUCGGGGCCGGCAAUAGCUAUGUGUUGCAGGCAGCCCUCGAUCCGGACGAGCCAAUGAGCGUCCCUGCUGCCGAUGAGACGUUUCAAGGCUUUUCCGAACCGGAGGAGGACUCAGAUGAAGAGGAGGAGGAAGAAGUUGAGCGAGAUGAAGAGGAGAUCAACUUUGACGCUGAUCUCAUGGCCAUGUUGGAGCGCAACCGCGAAGCGCGUGCGCGUGAGGAGGCGGAGCGCCGCGCACGCUUGAAGCGCGAACACGAGGAAGCACAGCGCCGCGAGGCGGCUGAGCGUGAAGCCAUUCUAAGCAAAAUUCGAGCGCAACAGGCCGAAGAACGGGCUCAGGAGGUGGGUAUCCCCCAGGCUUUGAUGCGCUUUUUGUUUGUUUGA